CAGACGUGAGCCACCGCGCCCGGCCUACACUUUCAUUUUAAGGUUCAUGAUCUUAAGAAACACCCUGCCACCUUCGAAAAGUCUUUCUACCCUCAAUGCCGAGCACAGAACCUGGGGCAGUGUUUCCACUGUGCUUCCAGUCCCGAGCAUUUCGGAUGAAUGAAUGAUGAACAAAUGACAAAACGCAGGGCGAGCAGCUCAGCAAAGGUCAUGCAGGAGACAGAGAAGCGCGGUGUCAUGCGUAUUGGAUCAUUAUGGAUUUUUUUCUUUCUCAUCGUGCAGAUCUAUUCGCACAACUCUAUCUUCAACUAGUUUGCCAGGCCCACCGGAGGUGCCCAGUAAAAUUUUGUUAAAUACUGAUGAUGAAGUAUGCUGGGACUUGGCCCUGUCAGGGAAGUUGGGGCUGACAGUGGAGAUCCUCACAGGAGAGUAACGAUGCUUUGUGGACACAGAUUGCUGUGUCCGAGCUAAGAUGCUUAAACAUUUACUUCAUGUACGGCAGGGAUGACCUCGCAUUCAUAUAUUUAUGAAUAUAAAUUCCUUUCCUUUCUAACAGAUAUAUGCCUAUUUUCUUAAAAAGUGUAAUUCCUUAAAAGUUCCUACCCUAGUACAAAGGCAAAUUAUUACAAGCAAUCAUUAAAUUCCAUCAACAAAUCGUUCCACUUCAAAAUAGCUGGAUUACAACCCAAACCAAAUAGAUGCCGCAGCUGUAACUGGUGGGGGGGGGGGGGGGGACGGGGCAGGGGUGGGCGUGGAGAAAAAGUGGCCAGAGAGGGGAGCGCUCAGAACACCAGCGGCUCCCAAGCUAACUCCUAGCCACUUUUCCCACCCAACUGGGUCCCCAGGCAACGACGCCAUCGGCGCUGUCCCAAUGCGCAGGCGCCAGCCCCCGGCCCGCAUGCGCACUCAGUCAAACCCGGCCUGCGGAAAUUUCCUUUCGCACGUCUGCUACAGCGGUCUCCUGUUUCUCCUCCUACCUUCUCCAUUUUUCUAGUCCCUGCAGGACAUAAUUGGAAUAUCAUUUGGAGAAAGUGUCAUGGAAGUUCUGCGUCCACAGCUUAUAAGAAUUGAUGGCCGGAAUUACAGGAAGAAUCCAGUCCAAGAACAGACCUAUCAACAUGAAGAAGAUGAAGAGGACUUCUAUCAAGGCUCCAUGGAGUGUGCUGAUGAGCCCUGUGAUGCCUACAAGGUGGAGCAGACCCCACAAGGAUUCCGGUCUACUGUGAGGGCCCCCAGCUUGCUCUAUAAGCAUAUAGUUGGAAAGAGAGGGGACACUAGGAAGAAAAUAGAAAUGGAGACCAAAACUUCUAUUAGCAUUCCUAAACCUGGACAAGAUGGGGAAAUUGUAAUCACUGGCCAGCAUCGAAAUGGUGUAAUUUCAGCCCGAACACGGAUUGAUGUUCUUUUGGACACUUUUAGAAGAAAGCAGCCCUUCACUCACUUCCUUGCCUUUUUCCUCAAUGAAGUUGAGGUUCAGGAAGGAUUCCUGAGAUUCCAGGAGGAAGUACUGGCGAAGUGCUCCAUGGAUCAUGGGGUUGACAGCAGCAUUUUCCAGAAUCCUAAAAAGCUUCAUCUAACUAUUGGGAUGUUGGUGCUUUUGAGUGAGGAAGAGAUCCAGCAGACAUGUGAGAUGCUACAGCAGUGUAAAGAGGAAUUCAUUAAUGACAUUUCUGGGGGUAAACCCCUAGAAGUGGAGAUGGCAGGGAUAGAAUACAUGAAUGAUGAUCCUGGCAUGGUGGAUGUUCUUUACGCCAAAGUCCAUAUGAAAGAUGGCUCCAACAGGCUGCAAGAAUUAGUUGAUCGAGUGCUGGAACGUUUUCAGGCAUCUGGACUAAUAGUGAAAGAGUGGAAUAGUGUGAAACUGCAUGCUACAGUUAUGAAUACACUAUUCAGGAAAGACCCCAAUGCUGAAGGCAGGUACAAUCUCUACACAGUGGAUGGCAAAUAUAUCUUCAAGGAAAGAGAAUCAUUUGAUGGCCGAAAUAUUUUAAAGUUGUUUGAGAACUUCUACUUUGGCUCUCUAAAGCUGAAUUCAAUUCACAUCUCUCAGAGGUUCACUGUAGACAGCUUUGGAAACUACGCUUCUUGUGGACAAAUUGACUUCUCCUGAGGUGGAUCUUGGAAAGCACUAGAAACUAAACAUCUUCACCAGGUGCUGAAGAAAAGUGUCUUCGUUUUAAUUGCCAAGCAGGGAUGUGGACAUUUGGAUGGUGACUUUCCCAUAGAUUCACCAUUGCCUCUAAUGGUGUCUAUAGCCAUCAAACUACCAGCUGAGAUGGUGGUGGGCAUAAGGAGAAUUUGUGCCUAUAACCCUUAGUGUGUUCUGGUUUUUUUUCUUUUAAUUUUUAAAUUGUCGUAAAAUACUCAUAAAACAUACUGCCUUCACCA